AACAGCGGACGGAGGCCGGCGGCGGCGGCGGGGCCGGAGCGAGCAGGGGUUCGGCGGCCUCACCUGUCCCCACUCUCCGGCGGCAACCGGCGGCGGCGGGCAGCGCGGCGGGCGGGUAGGGCCGCCGCCAGGAAUGAAUCUGAAGUCUGCUGCGGUAAAACACUGAAGGCUUUACAAUGUUUUCUUGCAUAAAACUCAGACUUUAAGUAUCUGCUUAUGAGGCUAGGGAAGGCAGGAGGCUAAUGUGUGUCUCGAGAUACAGGACAGCUGUUUGCCCAUCGACCUCAACUGUGUGUGCAACAGAGGAACAUGGCUCAAGAAGCUAAUCACAGCCAAGUGCCUAUGCUUUGUUCCACUGGCUGCGGAUUUUAUGGAAACCCUCGUACAAAUGGCAUGUGUUCAGUGUGCUAUAAAGAACAUCUUCAAAGACAGAAUAGUAGUAAUGGUAGAAUAAGCCCACCUGCAGCCUCCGUCAGUAGCCUCUCGGAGCCUCUCCCCGUCCAGUGCGCGGACGGCGGCGGCCCCGACGCUCAGUGCCCGCUGGACUCCGCGUGUGCGUCCGCGCAGCCAAGCCCUGUAUCAAAUCAGUCACUUUUAUCAGAAUCUGUAGCAUCUUCCCAAGCGGACAGUACAUCUGUGGACACAGCCGUACCUGACACAGAAGAGCUGCAAGCUUCGGCAUCAGAUGCAGCUCAGCAGCCGUCUGAAGAGCAAAGCAAUUCUCUUGAAAAACCAAAACAAAAAAAGAAUCGCUGUUUCAUGUGCAGGAAGAAAGUGGGACUUACUGGGUUUGAAUGCCGGUGUGGAAAUGUUUACUGUGGUGUACACCGUUACUCCGAUGUACACAAUUGCUCUUACAAUUACAAAGCUGACGCUGCUGAGAAAAUCAGAAAAGAAAAUCCAGUAGUUGUUGGUGAAAAGAUCCAGAAGAUUUGAACUCCUGCUGGAAUACAAAAGCCUUUGACCAUCUGCAAACUAAAAAUUGACUUGAGGUUUUUUUUCCUAGUCCUUGGGAAUGUAGAGCAACGUACUUGCAUAGACCUUUUAAUCAUGCAUGUCGCCAGAAGAAUAGAUUUUUGUUUUUGUUUUGAAAAUGACUCUGAACAUUUAUUUCCAUUGCAGUUUCUGUGGCUGAAAAGACUUAAGUAAACUUUACAAGUAUUAUCCUUUUAAGAUCAUUUUAAUUUUCGUUGAGUGCAGAGGGCUUUUAUAACAAACGUGGAGAAAUUUUGGAGGGCCGUGAUUUUUCCAGUAUUAAACACGCAUGCGUUGAUCUCGCAGUUUAUUUUCCAUUGUGUGUGUCCAUAGCUUUUCUCUGCAGCACGAUCCCUGGCGACGGCGCCCCUCAGGGCCCGGCUAGUUACCAGUCACGGAAUGUAUCUUCAUCCUUACGGCUGCUUCUGGGUUUUCAUUAACAAAAGUUCUACAUACGUUAGCAUAUAGUUUCUUUGCACCCACUAUUUAUGUCUGAAUCAUUUGUCACAAGAGAGUGUGUGCUGAUGAGAUUCUAAGUUUGUGUGUUUUUAAUUUUUUUUGAGCGAGGGAAGGAAAAGCUGUGUGCAUUUCAUUGCCGACUGCGGGUUUCUUUCGGAUUACGCUCACCGGUCUGUGUGUACACGGUGUGAAGAAUGAUUUGAAGUAAUUGUGCUGUAUUUAUGUUUACCCACCAGUCUUUGAUUAAAUAAAAUGGAAAACCGUAACGUU